AUCUUCGAAUAAAAAUACGAGAUGUCAUCAUGAAUAUCCGUUUUGAUAAUAGAAGGCGAUUUCUAAUAGUAAUCACGAAAACGUGAUUGUAAAUAAGUACAUUAUUUUACGUGCCCCUGUUAACGAAUGCUUACAACGAACAAAAGUACAAUCGUGUGGCUUUAAUGCGGGUUUUAGAAGCCUGAAAUGUUCAGUAAGGUUAAUGAGUCAAAUUGUAUGUUAUUGUUUUGUUGCGUAUAAAAAAGUGGUUUUUCGAAAUCUUCGAAAUGGAUCAAACAGACCCAAAGACAUUGUCGCGAAAUACUAUGACAGCAAUUCCAAAGUACGGAUUUAAAGUGAAACUCAAUCAUAAAUAUCCAGAAAAGUGGUCACAAGUACUGAAACCUCGUUUGAAACAAAUCCCUCAAUUUUUGCCCUUAGGAUGGAGAUAUAUGAUGUACUAUCGUCAAAUAAAAAGAAAAGGUCGAAUACCUUUUAUGGAUUAUGUAAACACAAAAACUGGCUUACAAAUGUACGGUGUACCGAUCGGUGGGAUCGGGGGUGGUACAAUUGGUCGAGGAUUCAAAGGCGAAUUUUGUCGAUACGCGCUGCAGCCAGGGAUGUAUAAAUAUCAUACAAUUCUCGCCAAUGAAUUUAUCGUUACUAUGAGAGAUACCGAUGGAAAUGUCAUUUAUAAUCAGGUUUUGUCUACACACAAGGACACGAAGCAUUUGAAGCAAUGGAAAUGGGAUUUCAGUGGCGAAAGAGCUUCAUAUACCGCUUUGUAUCCUCGCUCUUGGACCGAAUACGAUAUAGAAAAACCCAAUGUAAAAUUAGUAUGUCGCCAGAUUUCUCCGGUGAUUCCUCAUAACUACUAUGACAGUUCUUUGCCUUGUGCAGUUUUUGUCUGGAGUGCUGAAAAUAAAUCCGGAAAAGAUUUGCACAUCAGCGUUACGUUUACUUUUCAAAGUGGGAACGGUGAUGUAAGAGAUGGUCGAGGGGACAAAUGGAGUGAGCGUUUUGAAAUUGCUGACAUUGACGACGAUAUUUUUGGAGUAAUGAUCCACCAGCAAAUUCGAGGGAUGCCAUGUACAUAUGCGAUAAGUUCUAGGUCGAAAAAGGAUGUAAAUGUUACGAGAAAAAUUGCUUUUGAUCCACUUGGCAAUGGAGCGAGUGUUUGGGACGAUCUUGAAGCAGGAGGAACUUUGCAGGAAGAUGCAAUCUCAACUUCGCCUAAGACAAAGCAUCCAAUUGCUGCUGCUGUUUGUAGCCGCGUGUUCGUGAAAUCUGAUGAAAAGGCUGAGCUUGAAUUUAGUUUGGUUUGGGAUAUGCCGAAAGUGCAUUUUCAUUGCAAAAUGCGUGAAUAUUUAAGGUAUUAUACCAAGUUCUUUUACGAGCCCGAAAGAUCUUCUGCUCCUGAAAUUUCUCGCUACGCAUUAUCCCAUUACAAAUUAUGGGAAAGAGAUAUAUUUCGAUGGCAACAGAGUGUUCUGGAUGAUACGGACUUGCCUGACUGGUAUAAGUCAGCUUUAUUUAACGAGCUAUAUUAUGUUACUGAUGGAGGGACUGUUUGGCUCAGGGCAGACGAAACUGAUGAUUUUCAGCCAACGGAUCCUCGAAUUGAAUAUGGUCGUUUUGCCUAUCUUGAGGGUCAAGAGUACAGAAUGUAUAACACUUACGAUGUGCAUUUUUAUGCUGCAUUUGCCUUAAUACAACUCUGGCCUCAUUUACAAGCCUGUAUACAAUAUGAAUGUCGGGACAACGUACACAUGGAGGAUCCUACGAUAUGGACUACAUUAUACGACGGAGUAAGACAACCCAGAAAAAUCAGAGAUUCAGUUCCUCAUGAUAUGGGAGAUCCUGGGGAGGAGCCUUUUAAAUUAAUUAAUUCCUAUAACAUUCACGACGUGUCGAAAUGGAGAGAUCUGAAUCCGAAGUUCGUCCUCAGUUGUUAUAGAGAUUAUGCUUUGAAUAAAAAUAUUCAGCAACUCAUAGAUUUUUGGCCGACGAUCAAGAAGGUUCUUAAUCAUACUUUCUUGUUCGACACGGAUAACGAUGGCCUAAUUGAAAAUAGAGGAUUUCCCGACCAGACUUACGACACUUGGGUAAUGAAAGGUUCAAGUGCUUAUUGCGGAAGUUUAUGGCUCGCUUCGCUUUAUUGCGCCUCGAAAAUUGCCAUGCUUUUGGGGGACGAUGAUGAUGCGAAAAGGUAUGAGGAAAUAUUAGAGAAGGGAAAAGAGGCUUUUCAGGAGAAACUAUGGAAUGGUCAAUACUACAAUUUCGAUAGUAGUAAAACGGGACAUCGAAAAUGUAUCAUGAGUGACCAACUUUGUGGACAUUGGUUUCUACGAGCAUCUGGUUUUGGGCACGAGAUUUUUCCUGAAGACAAAGUAAGGUCUUCGUUGGAAACCAUUUAUAAGAACAAUGUAAUGAAGUUCAAGAACGGCCAACAAGGGGCCGUAAACGGAUAUAUGCCCUCAGGUGAAAUAGAUUUGGUGACACCGCAAAGUGAAGAAAUGUGGAUGGGCGUCACCUACGGCCUUGCGGCCUUGAUGAUACACGAAGGAAUGAUCAAGGAGGGGUUCAGCACAGCGGAAGGAGCUUAUCGAACUGUUUAUGAGAAAAUUGGCAUGGGUUUUGAAACCCCGGAAGCAUUGUACGAGAACAAAUUAUAUCGCGCAAUAGGUUACAUGAGGCCUUUAGCUAUUUGGGCUAUUCAACUUGCCUGGAACUCAAGGAAAGGAAAGUGAUAUUUUGUUGCCUUUGUCUAAAUGUAAAGGUAAUCGGAUGACAAAUAACUCUGCGAAACUGCAUAGGAGUUCUAAAAUUUAUAAGUUUAAAGUCUACAAUUUCCACUGCGUUAAUCCACGAAUUUAGUCGUUUUGUGAAUUGUGAUGCACAAGUAAUUGAGAGUUCAUUUUCUGUGGAGGGUUCCCAAAGAUAAUGUACAAAAUAUUUUCAGCUGUGAUUUUAUUUAACAUAUACAAGAGACAGGAUACAUUAAUGUAUUUAUUAUCGUGCUUUCUGUUCUGUUUUGUCUCUUUCAUUAACAUAAUACUCUUGCAUUUUGCCAAAGUUGUGCGGAUUAAGAAGCAAGCGUUUCGGCUGAGCGACCUUAAUUUAUAGAGGUGACAGACAAAAUUCUACGGCACAACUUUGUCUCAUUGUUCUCGUAAAAAUAAUAGUCGGAAGGCAUUACUGUAUCCUGUUACACAUCACGUUCUCUUAAUCCACAAUUAAAAUGUGCAGUAUGCUAUUUUAGAAGUACACGCAGAAUUCUAGGUUGCAAGCAAUAUCCAAUACCAAUUAAAUAAUGGUAUUACAGUACCGUCAUUGUUCUGUGCAGACUAAUAAUAUUAAUGCAAAUGUCACUGUUACUCGGGAGAUUUGAUACAGAAAUGUUUACAGGUGUGUAGUAAAUAUUAUUGUGUUAAUUAUAUUUUUAAAGAUUAUGUGCAUAUUUUCUACUAUCAUAACUUACUGUAUGACUAUGGAGUCUUUUUUUUAAGUUACACCACCUCUGAGAUUAUUGAUAAAUAAUUAAGGUUAUCAAACGUUCCAAUUUUGUAUCACAAUUUAAUAUUCAUAUUUAGUCAUUUUUUAUGGGUAGAAUUGUUAUUUCUAUUAGUAGUCAAUCGUCGUGUUGUAGACAAAUGUAACUAGUCCGCAAGUAGAUGUUAUGGUCUAGUGAAAAUUUUUGUUUUUAUUGAUUAUUCGCCUAUAAUUUAUAAAUAAUGAUUUAUUUUAUUAU